UUAUGCUUUUACAUCGAGUUAUAUUGUUAAUUGCCACUUUAUUUAUAUUAAUUUUAAGUGAAAUUGGAAUUUCACAAAGUGAAGAGCAUCAGAAUAUUCGUCCUGUCUUGAGAGAAAGAGGUAUCAACGCAAUGCCAAGAAAACACUAUCCUUAUCCAGAUGGAAAUGUUUGCGGAAUUCAUAAACAUGGAACUGAUCAUUGUCCUAAAGAGAGGACUUGUGGAUAUAUAGAUGAAGAACUGGGCUGGGAAUGCUCUCCCUCGGAAUAUGGUACCUUCUGCAUUAGCACAAAAAACUUUUGUCCAAAAGGGUUCAUUUGUUCAAAAUUAAACCUUUCUCUAUGUGUUCCAAAUGGGACAAUUGAGUGUGAUGAUACAAUUGAAUGUGGAUCAAGAAAUUUUAUUUGCCAAAACGGUAUUUGUAUAGAGCAGCAUAUAUCAACUUUAGAUAAAAUAAAUUUAUUGAAAGCGACAAACAGCCAAGCUAAUAAAAGUUUAAAUGUUUUACAACCAAAUCAAGCUAGUAACAUUGCGAGUUCAAAAACUCUAAAUGGUGAAGAAGGUGUUGAUCUAUUUGAAUUAACAAGCAUUGACAAAUUUAAAUGUUUGAAAGAAAAAUUAUCAGUAAAAUUUGUUAUUGUGCGUGCUAGUCGUUCAAAUGGUCACUUUGAUAAUAAUUCUGUUGCUAAUAUAAAAAAUGCUUGGGCAGCGGGUAUUAACGAAGUAGAUAUUUAUAUUUGGCCUUGUGUUAAACCAAAAUCGGUGGAACAUGUUAUUUGUGAUAAUGCUAGGUAA